GUUACUUGGUGUCCAUUGUACAAGCUUUGCUUACUUUGGAGCGAAUAUAAUUUACGUACAUCCGCCUGAACUCAUGAAUGGCCGCUGCAUCAACAUGCUGCGAGCAUUUUUCAUCAUCAACCAUCCGCAGAAAAUAGUUCGCAUCGCAGCGUUGGCGGUUCAGCGGUUGUCUGUUUCUCGCGCGCAUGACCUUGGCUGGCGCGCAUGCGCGGCGCGCCACCUGCCGUCGACCGAACUCGACCGAACAUCGGAUUUCCACUUUUCCACAGUCCGUGAUUGCGCGCCGCGCUGGCUGCGUCUCGAGCCGCGAGCACGUGAAACGAAACGCGGCCGCGUGACCAUACACACACAAUUAUAAACAUCACAUAUCAAUAAAAAAAAGCACGCUGUUGGUUGUUAUCACAGUUUAAACGGCGUCUGACCCUCCCCCAGCCCGGCGAAUAAAUUCGGAACUCCAAAAGUAAUAUCAAGAAUGGCUGGCUUGUAAAGAGCACAGUGGACGCGGUUGCCGGUGGAGAGCUGAAGUAGACCUUGCACCAUGACGAAAAGGUUCGAAUUCAACUGGCAGAUCGCAGUCCCGGAGCCACUGCUACAGGGUGCUGUGUUCGACAGAUGGACCGAAGAAAAGGACAAUACGGAAUUUGAACAGAACUGCCUUUUCAAAGUAGAUGAAUAUGGUUUCUUUAUCUAUUGGAAGAGCGAAGGACGGGAUGGUGACGUAAUAGAGUUGUGCCAAGUGAGUGACGUCAGGUCAGGAGGUGUGCCAAAGGAUUCUAAGCUGAGCUUCAACUUGAUCAACAAACAUGGAGAAACCCUUGAAGAUAAAUCGCUGACCAUCUGUAGCGGCACCGACUACAUCAACAUCAACUACCAGCACGUGGUCUGCCCUGAUGCCGCUACCGCGAAGGUAUGGAAGGAGGGCCUUCGCGCCAUCACUCACAACAACAAAAUCAGCAAUGUAUGCCCAAGAACUACACUAAUGAAACAUUGGAUGCGACUGUGUUUCCUCACGGAUCCUCGAGGCAAGGUGCCAGUGAAAGUGGUGGCGAGGACCUUCGCAUCAGGCAAGACUGAGAAGCUGGUGUACCAAUGCUUGUCGGAGCUCGGGCUGCCGUCGGGGAAGAACGAGGCAAUGGAGAAAGAGGCCUUCACAUUCGACAAAUUCUACGCAUUAUACCACAAAAUCUGUCCGAGGAAUGAUAUAGAAGAAUUGUUUAGAUCAAUCACACAAGGCAAAUCAGAUCGCAUCAACUUAGAACAGUUCGUGAACUUCCUAAAUGAAAAGCAGCGUGACCCUCGGCUCAACGAGAUCCUGUAUCCACUUUAUGACGAGAAGAGGGCAGCGGAAAUCAUCACCACCUACGAACAAAACGAAGAGGCGAAGAAUGAUAAAUGUCUCACUAAAGACGGGCUGAUCCGUUACCUGAUGUCCGACGAGAACGCGCCCGUAUUCCUGGACAGAUUGGACUUCUACAUGGACAUGGACCAACCUCUAGCUCACUACUACAUCAACUCCUCGCAUAACACGUACCUUUCCGGACGGCAGUUCGGUGGGAAAAGCUCCGUGGAAAUGUACAGACAGGUCUUACUCGCCGGAUGUAGGUGCGUAGAACUGGAUUGCUGGGACGGCAAAGGCGAGGACGAAGAGCCAAUCAUCACCCACGGCAUGGCAAUGUGCACCGACAUAUUGUUCAAAGACGUGAUCUACGCGCUCCGGGACACCGCCUUCGUGACGUCAGACUACCCUGUCAUACUGUCGUUCGAGAAUCAUUGCUGCAAAGCGCAGCAAUACAAACUUGCCAAGUACUGCGAUGAGAUCCUAGGGGAUUUGCUGCUGAAGGAACCACUGCCCGAACAUCCUUUGGAACCUGGCGUACCUUUGCCACCACCCUCCGCUUUGAAACGCAAGAUCCUCAUAAAGAACAAGCGUUUGAAGCCCGAAGUUGAGAAGCAAGAGUUGGAGUUAUUCAGACAAGGACAGUUUGUUAUAGAGGAUGAGGAGAAAGAAGACGCGUCCGCCGUCGCCAUUCCAGACAAAAAGCCCGAAGAAAUAGUAGCAGAAGCAGCGUCAGCGGGGGAAGACGCCCCGCCUCCCGUUGCAUACACCGGCUCCACCACCAACGUGCACCCGUGGCUGUCCUCCAUGGUCAACUACGCGCAGCCCAUCAAGUUCCAGGGCUUCGAGGAGGCCGACAAACGAAACAUUUAUCACAACAUGUCGUCAUUCGCGGAAACCACCGGCAUGAACUACCUGAAGACGCAGGCCAUAGACUUCGUGAACUACAACAAGCGGCAGAUGUCUAGAAUAUACCCGAAGGGAACGCGCGCUGAUUCUUCGAACUACAUGCCACAGGUAUUCUGGAACGCGGGUUGCCAAAUGGUCUCCCUAAACUUUCAAACGUCCGAUCUGCCGAUGCAGCUCAACCAGGGCAAGUUCGAAUACAACGGCAACUGCGGGUACUUGCUGAAGCCGGACUUCAUGAGACGCGCGGAUCGAAGUUUUGACCCCUUCGCCGAUGCGCCCGUAGAUGGAGUUAUAGCUGCUCAGUGUUCCGUACAGGUGAUAGCUGGCCAGUUCUUAUCAGACAAGAAGAUCGGCACGUACGUCGAAGUGGAUAUGUACGGACUUCCAACUGAUACCAUCAGAAAGGAGUUCCGAACCCGAAUGGUGCCCGCUAACGGGCUCAAUCCCGUUUAUAAUGAAGAACCUUUUCUGUUUCGUAAGGUUGUAUUGCCCGAUCUGGCGGUACUCCGGUUCGGCGUUUACGAUGAGAACGGCAAACUUCUCGGCCAACGAAUCCUACCCUUGGACGGUCUGCAGGCAGGAUAUAGACAUAUCUCGCUGAGAACCGAGGCUAACUUCCCUAUGUCGCUGCCUAUGCUGUUCUGCAACAUCGAGCUCAAGAUUUACGUACCUGAUGGCUUUGAAGACUUCAUGGCUGCGUUAUCGGACCCUCGGGCCUUCAUGGGCGCUGCCAAGGAGAGGACCGACAACAUGAAGCAGAUGGGCAUCGAAGAAAGCGGCCCAGAGAAGAAGGUGCAGAUUGAAGAGAAAAAGGAAGAACCGCCUUUGGUAUUCGAGCCAAUCACGGUCGAGUCUCUACGUCAGGAAAAAGGCUUCGUGAAAACUGGCCGCAAGCAGCAAAAGGACUUGGACGCAAUGAGGAAACGCCAUGCCAAGGAAAAGAUGACACUGCAAAAACAACAGUGCACAGCUUUGGAGAAAAUGAUUAAGGGGAAAAAUAAGGAACAAUUAAGCGGGGAUGCGGCAUUCCGCAAGGUUGUAAGCGAGCAGUCUACUGCGUGGAGUGAACUAGUGGCUAAACAUCGCGUAGAAGAAUGGGCCAGCGCGAGAUCACGGCUUAAUGAACAACGUGACCUUCUGAAGAAGAUGAUGGAGCAAACUCAACUCGCGCAGAUGAAGCAGUUAGAAGGCAAACACGAGAGAGAGUUAAAAGAAAUGAACGCCCGCCAAGCCAAAAUCAGCAUGGAGACGAGCAAGGAAGUGGCCAACGACAAAACCCUGAAGACCAAGCAGGAGAAAGACCGCCGUCUGAGGGAGAAAAAGCAGAACAACACCAAGAAAUUCAUGGAUGAACGCAAGACACAAACUAUCAAGCAAAAUCGUGAAAAGGAAAAGUUGAAAGUCACCCAUGACAAACAAAUGGAGGAAUUAUCCAAGGAUAUUGAUAAUCUCAUUGAAAUGUACAAGAUGGAAGAGACAGAAUUCGAGAUGGCAAGUAAAACGGAGUUCUUCGCAUGAAAAUAUCCCGACAUAGCUCCCCUAUUGGAGCAAAUGACUUAGAAAGUGAGUGUUUAAAAAGUGAUCUCUCUGAAUAAUUUUCUAUAUAAGUACAUAUAAAAAUACUAAUGUAAAUAAGCAGCUCGUAGACAGAAUAUGCGAUUGUAAAUGGAUAUAAAAAAUGACUCGUUUUUACAUCGCUUUCUGCGUAUAGUUCAAUAGUAACAAAAAAAUAUGCUAAAAAUAAGAGAAACAUUUUAGGUAUACAUACAUACUAAUUUAUUAUAAUAAAUACUUUCUAUUGGAAGAUAAUAUCGACAUUUAAAUUGAUAAAUGUAAUGGAUUUUCUUUAUUGUUCAAAGAAUAACGUAAGUAUUUUAAUUUCUGAAAUCCGGUACCUCUAAGCAGUAUACUGCAUUCUAAAGAUAAAAUACAUUUAGAUAAUCGUUUAAGUGCAAGAAUCAUUUUCAGACAGUGGUAAGAAUCUACCUAUUAUAUUGUAGAUAUAGUAUCAUUUAUUUGAAAUAUAUUGGCUUGAAUAUCGUCUUAAAUUAUACAUACACUGCUAAAUUAACUUUUUCUGUACCUAUUAUAAAAAAUAUUACUUAUGUCAUUUCGAAAUUCCAAUUAAUAUUGCCUUAAUAAUUACGAAUCUCACAUAAAGGUGUGCAUUAUAUUGAUUUGAUUUAUAAAUAAAAAAAAUAAAGAUUUUCCACAUAGUAGGUUCUUUCACGAGAAUAAAUCAGCUGAUUAUGUAUAUGUAUAUUACCUAUACAAAGUGACCAUUUAUAUUGAAUUUUAGGACUAACCAUAUCUCUUACCUAUAUAUAAUAGAACAGAAGUCUACAAUCUAUAAGAUGUAUUAGGUAUAAAAAUAGUUUAAAAUUAUUUAUAACGAAAAUUGGAACGAGAAAAUUAUAUCGACAAAAAAAUAAUGAAAAAGAAAGUGAUUUUUCGGCCUUUGAAAAAAAUAAAUUAUACCUAGAUUUAUCAUUGUAAUGAUUAAUAAAACUUAAAAGUAACCAUAACUUAAGUAUUUAUACUGUAAAAAAUAUAGGUAUGUCAUGUUCUUUGUACGGGUACGAAAAGAAACACUUCCAGAAUGUAAACUGGAUCUGUAUUUAUUAUUUAUUUUGUUCCCACAAAUAUGCAUAUAUUUACGGCUAAGGUUCGUGGUUUUACCCGAAUAAAGCUAGCGGUGCAGUUGGGGCUGUGCUCCGGUCUUUAGUUGUAAAAUAUAUAAAAUAUCAUGACACAAAUCAAGGUUUAAGUAAGGAUUGAAAAUUGAGUAAUUUAUUAUAACUUAUAAUUGCAAUCUACUUGGCGAGGGCUUAAGAGCAUCGAAGUUAACAGAGAGAGAACCUUUGAAUUUAUAAACAUUUGUGACAAUAUUCAUCUUAUUAUUUGAGGUGGAUAUUGACCAUAAUUUAAGUCUAUUACAAACUUUUUUUGAGUCUCAUUGAGUGUCAUAAAAUAUGUAGGUACCUAUUAAGAUUUAACGAGUUUAUUUAAAGCCUUAAAGUACCUAAAAGGAGUAGGUACAGAGUAGAAUAUUGACAAGUACAGAUACAUAUUGUAUUUAUUUUCAUCAAUUAUUAGGUAUUUACCUAUUUAAUUAAUUUAUUCGAUUCUAACUAUAGUAUAGUGAGUAUGUACUUGUGAUUUGAGUACACCACGGUUUAAAUCUUAGUAGUUUUAGUUAUCUUGGUUAAAAUACCUAAUUAUAAUAUAUUAAAAAUAUAAUUAUUUUAUAUUAAGUUACUACAUUUCUUUGCAAACUUCUAGUUCGGGAUCAUUCCAUUAAAAUGUUAUGCUGUCGAAUUCAUUCAGGUCGUUUCGUCGUUAGUGGACCAAUCUUUCUUAAUUCGUUAUAAAAUUAUGUGUGACCAUAAAGGGAUUUGCCAAUACGUCUUCUCAGAAUUUACGAUCAUAAACGACUAGGUAUUUCAAAAGCCCUAAAUAUUGUAAUAAUAUAUACUUACUACCAGUUUAGAAUUUAUAUGAAUAAAUUCACUUAUAAAAUAGAAAUUUAUAAAUUGUCUAGAGAAAAUAUUUUCAUUAAUAUUUAGUAAGGCUACCUACGUUACGUAUUGUUGCAUAGCACAGAAGCGCAGCGCAUGUAGACAAAGUACCUACUUCAGCAGUAAGUUUUCUAUGAUAAUAAACACUUAUCUUGAGCGUUUCAAUUUAAAGUUUUAAGAGUAAUUAUUAAUAUUAUUACUUAUUUAUAAACUACACUCAUGCAUAAGAAGUUGCAUGCAAAUUAUUACAAUAAAACACUACUUCCCUAAAAUUAAGUGGUGUGAAGAUUUUUUUUAUAUCUAUAUAAAAUCACACCAAACAUAGUUCAUAGAAAUGAACAAGAACAAUGUUAAUUAACAAUGCAAACAUAAUAUUAAGAUUAAAUUAUGUUCUUAACAGCAAACAUAUUGCUGUGUAAGCAAUUAUAGCUAAAGCCCUUUACAUAAUUAAUUAUUACCACUUAUUUAAUGAACAAUGUAAGUACGUAAGUACUACUUUUAAGCACUUUUAAUAAGAAAUAUCUAUAAAAAUAUACAUUAAUUUGUGAAUUCAGCGGAAAAAUUCAAAUAUGAUACCAAAGAAACCUUAUUAACUGAAAUAAAUGUAAUAAAUUAAAUGUAGAUUAAAUAAAUUAAACAUUGUAACUUGAUUUCAAUUAAUUAUAAGUAAUAAGUACAACAAGGCUCUUGAAGUCAAUAUACAGAUUAUUUUUAUUAAAUCUAUUAUAUUUAUAGUGAUUUUAUAAUAAAUUGAGAUACCAUUUGAUUACUUUUGAAGUUGAAAAUUAGAAUAUUCUAGUCAAUUUCAUUAUAGAAUUUAUUUAUGACCUUAUCUGACUGUGAGAUGUAAUGAAAUGAAUCUUGUAGGUGUAUAAUAUAAUGUAAUACAGUAUUAAAAAAAUACAUAGUAAUAUUUCAGUCUGAAUACUAAAAAAAAUAGAAGAAAAUAUAAGUUUAAUAUUUGAAUAUUAUUGUAAUAUUUUUUUUUGUCAAAAUUUAUUAUUUAAUUUAGAAAUAUAUAAUCACUUACUUUAUACUACAUAAUAUAGAUUCUUAGAUUUUAAAAAUGAUAGUGAGAAUAAAUAUAAGUGUUUCUUAUAUGUGUAUGAAUAAAUGGAUUAUAUUUCAAAUUUAAUAAAAUUGUAAUUGACGUGUAUGCACUUUAUUGACUUUGGAUAAUAAAAUUAUUCGUAGAUGGGUGUUUAACCAAAAUAAGAUUUUGUUCCAAAAUAUUGACGAAACUAUUAUUACCUAUUAUUAUAUUAGAUUAGUUAGAUUUUGGAAUUGUGAUAAAAAAUUAAGUAAAUCAAUAUUUGGCCUACCUUAUUGCAUUGAGAGUUUGAGGUACCUAUCUAUUUGUAAAAUUUCUAGAAAUACGCAAAAAUGGUGGGGGACUUGGUCCUAUUUUGUGUUGUAGUUUUGUUCAUUAGAUACAUACUUAUUUGUCUUUAAUUUGUAUGAGCACUAUUCACUCAUUGUCUUUAUAUGGCACAUUAUAAAAGAAAAUUUAAUAGCACCGCAUGUUUUGAAAUAUUUAAUUGCGUACAGAUAUAUUUACUAUUUAUUAUGGAAUUUCUUUGUCGCCAAUUUUUCAUCAUCUAAGAUAGACAAAUAGAGGCACUUAAAUUGCACUUAUUGUUUUUAAAGGAUUUUUUCACGUUGUAAUACGAAAGAUACAACUUUUCUUAGCUAAGUUCCGAUUAUUAAGUGAAAGAUCAUCAUGCAGAGUGUAGAUGAAUAUUCCAAUUAUCGGCUAUUACUUCAAUUUUUUUUACUUAUCCUUUUAUUUUAAUGUAGCCACAUUGAUCAAUAAACACAAACUUUAAACUAAUUCCUACGAAAUGUUGUUUUUAAUUUGAUAUAUACAAUUGUCGACAAAGUGAUGCCAUGCUUAGUAUAAGAAUAUUGAAAGAAGUAAAGCAUAUAUUCUAAACUCAUUGUAUGGACAUACAUAUAGACGCAUUGCUCUAAUAAAUCAAUGGAAUUUGGUGUGAAAAUUUAAUGAACAGUACUUAAUAACCAAAUUUCAUGGUUUGCUAGUUUACCUAUAGUGAAAAACGUGUAUUCAAAAAUUUGUUUAUUGAUUAAAGUACAAUAAUUAAAUUAUAACAUUUUAAGUAAAUCUAUGUGUUUCAUUUGUAAUUUGUUCGUUUGGAAUCUAAAACUCACUAGCUGGAUUUGAAACUUCUGAUCUUCUUCCUCUCUUUGUACAGGCUCUGCUGUUGGACUGUAACAGAAAUAUUUAAAUUUUAAAAACCUAUCACAAAGUAAGUAAACUUCAGUGGUGAUUCCUCGAUAUAAUAUAUAAAUGAGACCUUCGAUUUUUGCCCAAUUUUGUACCUUGGUACCUACAAAUAAUCUCAACAAACAUCUAAAAUUAUACUUAAAAAGACUCACUCAUCAAGAUCACAAUAAAUUAGAAAUUGGUGAAAAUCUGAAUUAAAAGAAUUUUGAAAAAGGGAUUCGGCGCAUAAAGAAACAUUAUUACAUAGAUGUAAUGUAUCAUUGACUGACAGAUGACAGCUAAUACUAUUGGUAUAAAUUAAUUUCCUUGAUUGUAAUUGGCUGUAUCAUAAAUUACGUGACUGUUUUCGUCACAUUGUAACUGCGGAUUUGGCUGUAAGAUUCAAUCGCCUUGAUACAUAGCCUUUUAGCCAACCCUUUCAGUUAUUUAUUAUGAAUUUUGAUGGAUUUGCGCGCUCAUCACAAGAUCGUCGGUCCACCUGGUGGUGGCCUUUAAACCGCACGUCGUCCGGUGUGUGGUCGCCAUUCGAGAACUUUUCCGCCCCAACGGCCAUCGGUUUUUGUUGCUAUGUGUCCCGCCCACUGCCACUUCAGCUGAGCAAUCCUUCGAGCGAUGUCGGUUACCUUAGUUCUCCUGUGGAUUUCCUCAUUUCUGAUUCCAUCACGCAGGGAAAUACCAAGCAUCGCUCUCUCAAUUGCACGCUGUGCAACCUUGAGCCUUCUUAGGAGACCCAUAGUAAGCGAGCACGUUUCGCUUCCGUAAGUCAUCACUGGCAACACACAUGGAUCAAAGACUUUUGCCUAGAGAUACUGAGGUAAUUUGGACGCAAAAUUUUUACAUAACUUCCCGAAAGCUGCCCAUCCGAGCUCAAUACGACGAGAAACUUCUUUCUUAACUUACAUAACUGGAUCAUCUGUCCCAGCUAAACAUAAUGGUCGACAACUGCGAGUGGAGGUAUUCCAAAUUUUUACUGGAGUGGGUACAACAUAGACAUUCAACAUAAUUUUCGUCUUGUCCAUGUUCAUCUUUAGGCCCACUCUUUGGGAAACUGCUGAGAUCUUCGAGCAUUAUGCUCAGGUCUUCCAAGGUCUCAGCCAUAAGUACUACAUCAUUGGCAAAGCGAAGGUGUGUUAGGUACUCGCCAUUGAUGUUGAGGCCACGUCCUUUCCAAUCCAGAAGCUUGAAAAUAUCCUGCAACGCAACAAUACUGUUUCGAAGAUAUAACAUCCCCUCUGAUUCUGUAAUCGGACUGACAUAGUGGCAUUUUCGUAGGUAAGGUAUCAUAACACCUCGACAUACCUGUAGUCGACUUGGCACCUUUGGAGAGACUCCAGCACUGCCCAGGUCUCAAUCGUAUCAAAAGCUUUCUCGUAGUCCACAAACGCCAAGCAAAAUGGCAGGUUAUAAUCCUCGGUUUUCUGUAUAAUCUGCCGCAGCGUAUGAAUGUGGUCUACGGUACUGAAGCCUUUUCGGAAACCGGCUUGUUCGGGAGUUAUAACUCUCGAAAACAACUUAUAGACAUGGCUCAGACGUGAGAUUGGUUGACAGUUCUUCAAGAGUGUGCUAUCACCUUUUUUGAAGAAUAGAACAACCUUAUUUCUGCCCCACGCUUUCGGCGUUUGGCCUUCGAGGAUGACGCAAUUGAAAAGCUUCUGGAGGACUUUUAAGUAUAAAGUUACCGCCCGCUCUCAGAAGCUCUGUCGUGAUUCCAUCAUCCCCCGCCACCUUAUUGUUUUUAAGUUGUUUGAGAGCCAUUCUAAUCUCAUACAGGCUGACGUCCGGGAUAUCUUCGGUAUAGCGUCAGGUAAGCUUAGCUCUGGGAUGUUUAACCUUGCAGACUUAUUCGAAAAAUGAUGCUACCGUCGUCAGUUUUCAGCUUCGUCAGUUGACUUUGCCCAAUAGACAGAUCUCUUGCAAAUACUUUGGAGCCCUUAUUCCGCUCUAUAGCUUCUUUAACACGAUUACUAUUAAAUUGGCGAAGGUCGCUCCUUAAAGACUUGGAAUUUAACAAACGCUGCUGACUUGCAUGGGCUGUUCUGUGACCUCAUUUCAUUUCGCUGUUCCAUAAGUUGGAGUGUCUCGUCGGAGAGUUUCUUAAAUCUAGUAGUUAUAUUGUUUAAAUCGUCCACAUCUAGGCUGUUUUCAAGGGCUUCAAAGCGGUUUUGGAGUUCAAGUUGAAAGCUCUCGGGAUUUUUAAAUUGUGCGGGUAUUGGUCGGAAAGUAGACCUUAUUAUUAGAGAUCUUUCCAGCUUAUUGUUGAUAUUCAGUGUGCCUCUUACCAAAUGGUGAUCGCUUUUAACGGUAUUGACUACAGAAACAUCAUUGAAUAUGUGGCUUUUCGUCAACAUGAUAAUGUCAAUCAUAUUUUUAACUUUACCGCCAGAACUCAUCCAGGUCCAUUUCCAAUUUUGGGUCUUCCUAAAGAAGGAGCUCAUCAUAAAAAGGUUCUUUUUCUUCAUGAGGUCAACCAACAUCCAACCUCUGGCGUUCCUUUGCCCAACUCCAAAUUGCCACACUCAACUCAUCACCACAACGCUUCCUCAACCAAGCGUUGAAGUCCCACAUCACAACUCUGUAGUGGGUUUUAUGACUAUGUAUGGCUUUAGAGAUCUCCUCAUAUAUAACCUCCACUUCGUCAUCUGGAUGUGUUGAGGUUGGAGCAUAAACCUGAAUGACAUUCAACAAAUAUCUUUUCGAUACUCUGAGUAUCAAGUAUGCUACCCUGGUCAACACACUUCAGAUGGUUAUCACAUUGUUGACGAUGGACUUAUGGACGAUAAACCCGACACCGCCUUGGGAGUUCUGGUCACUCUCCCGGUAAUAUAGCAAGUUACCAGAAUUGAGGAUUACCGAGUCCUCUUCCUCUCUUCGGACUUCAGAUAGACCAAUAACAUCCCAGAUAACUUACUAGCGGAUUCUUCCAACUCUGUUAACUUCACAUCACUCCUUAGUGUGCGCGUGUUGUAGGUUCAAAAAAAUUCAAAAUUCAAUAUCGUUUAUUCAGUCUAGGCUGUUACAAGCACUUGUGAAUGUCGAAAAGCUACGCCAUCGGUUCGCAAAUCUACGGCGGGAGACCUUGUACUGAGAAGAACCGGCAAGAAACUCAGCAAGGGCUGCUUUUUUCUCCCUGUUUUAUUUCAUACAGUGUCGUCCAAUUGAAAGUUGACAUCAAACUUGCAAACAUGUGUUGAAGUCAACUUCCAUCACAUAAUGUCAAAAAUGUAACAAUAGACAAUCAACGAAUUUACUAACAAUAAGUGCAAAGAUAAGUCCCAAACUAGCAAGAAACAAUUUUCAAAACAAAAUGAACAAGUAUAUGAAAGGGAGUAAGUGCAAAGUUCUCUUCUGGCUGGGAGCCUUAGUUUUAAUAUAACUUUUGAAAAAUUAUCUACAGGUAAAAUUACAACCAGGCCGUUUUAUCAUUCAAAUAUUGAUUGACAGUAUAAUAUCCUUUCUUAAGUAAACAAUUCUUAAUGUGUAUUUUAAAUUUAUGAGGAGGCAAAUCAAGGAUAUCAAUAGGAAUUUUAUUAUAGAAAUGUAUAUCUUGACCCAUAAAUGAUUUAUGAACCUUCUGUAACAGUUGCCAGGUACAGUUGUUUUUGAUGGUAGCCGGCGCUUACCCUCUUCUUCGCUCUUCGGGAUUCUUCGCACCCCCUGAAUCGAGUAUUACAGUCAUAACUGUAUUGGAACAGACAUCACCGCAGAGAAUAUAAAACACGGUAAACCUUGGUAAUUACAUACAUGAUAAUUAGAAUCAGGCAGUUUUUCCUAAUUAUCUCUGAAACACUACUCCCGAACAUUCUAUGAUUUAAAGAUGACACAUCCUGUAAUACUUUUUUAUGUGACCAAACUUAAUAUGGUUUCAUGGGUACUUGUCAAGCUAGAAUUACCACAGAGAAAGACUACAAAAAAUCACAAUAAAAAGCAGUCAUAAGUGGUGUGGGUGUUUAGUGGUGUAAUAGGCUGGUUUUAUGGGCUGCAAGGGAGAUAGGUUCUUUAUGAAUAAAUACUAUAGGUUGAGUGGUGCACCUUACUACACGUCUCAACAGGGUAAUGGUGUUUUCUCCUUGGGACGCAAUGUAUUAAGGUAACAAAUUAUUUUAUACUCAGAUUAAGAUGUUACAUUUUGGGUUUUGGGACACCCAUGAUAAUGAUAAAUCGACACUUUGAAAUGAUCAUAGACAGAUUAAUUGAAGUAUACCUACUAUGAUAACAGCAACAGCGAGUGAAUGACCGUUUUUUACUAUAUAUACCAAAAAAAAAAAGAGUUAAAAAACUUUAAAUUGUACAAACUGUUCGAAAGGACGUCACAAUUGCAUAUUUCUGAAAACAUAUCCUUAAAUAGUACGUAACCUUGCCAAGUCGUGUAGGAAAGUAUUAGUUGUUUAAAAAACAAGGUACUCACUGUAUGGAUCAAAUUUUAAAAUUUCUAAUUUAUCUGCAAGCCUCUCCCUAAUAGCAUUGAACUUGUGACCACUAACAACACUCUCCAUCAGAACCAUCACGUGUCUGCAAUUAAAAAUAAAACAUUAUGUAGAUUGCUAUUCAUUUGAGGUUAUAUAACAAUAAAGUUCGGUAUAAUACGAAUGGGAUCAAGUAUCAAUGACUUAAACUAAAUUAAAUGCACUUACUUGCUUUUUGCUUUUUUCAUUAAUACAUUGGUAAGAAACAUUUUGAAGGAGAUUUAUAGUACCUAGAUAAAAAAUUCCACUUUUCAUCACAAAAAAUCACAAAUGGUUAAACAAACAGUUUUUGUUUUGAGAUUUGUGGUUUGGCAACAUUGAUUUGCCAAACAUACAAAAAAACAUAUGACAUUGACAACUGUCUGUGAUAGACAUUGACACAUAGAAUUCACGUUUCUAAAAUAGAAUAGUGUGACAAAUCGACCCUUCUUCUUCUUCUUUUAUGAUGGCAAAUCGACCCUAAUCCGUCCAAUCAAAAUCAAU